AUUCCUGUCGCACAAUAACUGCUGGUUUGCUGGAUGUGGACACGUUCCGUAUUUGCUUCGAUCGUAUAUGAAUAGAACAGGAAAAGUACAAUGAUAACAAGAUAUUCAUGUACAUAUAUCAAGAUCCGUACUUGGUGAGAUUGGGAAAGUCGUUACCUGAUUGUGGGCUUGUUGGACAACUUUACGUUAGGUGUGAGUUAGCAUGUGAAGCCGCAUGGUGAAGCUGUUAUACCUCUUGCAUAAUGACAACCCUCAGUGGACCAAAGUUCACAUCAAAUUCGGAUCAACUGCGCAACAGCAACCGCCGCUUAUUUCUGGAAUAUUAGGUUGCUACGCCCUGAUUUUACCUUUUGAUAGACGGUCUGUUAAAAUAUUGUGAACAUCUUAUUUGGACAUUUUAUACUGGACCUGGACCAAGUUCUAGUUAGAAUCGCUUGGAUUAUAGGGCCUACUUGACGAUGGAGAUUGAUUUGAGUGGAGGUGCGAGUAACCUUUGCUCUGCUAGUGUCGGUGUCGCUGUCGAGAUUCACCAUCCCGAGACGUCCGUGGUCGUAGAAGAUGAAGUGGAGGGAGAGGAAAGAGAGAAUGAUGCCAAGUCACCAACAUCGCCACAGCGCAAAGUGACAUUUGCGCUCCCAGGAGAGCAAGACGUCACUGACGGAGAGCCACAUAUUGGCUACUCGGCAGGUAUAUUUGUACAAGAGGUGGAUGAAGGACAGCCGUGUGAUAUCUGUAAGGAAAGGUGCCCCGGCUUCUCAAGACAUCGGUGGAGAAGUAUAUGUGUUAACUGUAAGUGCCCCAGAGAAGCCCACGACAUCUACCAUGAAGACUUUGUCAACGUUCGAGACAGACUUGGCUGGCCAGAGCACGAGGACCCGCUUUUACAAGUUGAUAAAGAGAAGACCCUAUGUGAAGGUUACGCAUGGACACCACCAGGUCUUUCAUCCGAAAAAAUUAUGGAAUACAUGUCCCAACUUCCAAACGACAAGGUGCCAAAACUUGGGACGCCAGGGGAAAAGAAACGCAAUAUACAGCUUAUCUACCAGCUUCCUAAACAAGAUUUAUCAGAGGAGUAUUGUCGCAGUUUGACCACGACAAAAAUGACCACGCCACAAGUGCUCCAAUCGUUUCAUGCGUUAAAGGAGAAGCGGGAUGAGGAGGCGAUGGAUAUUGCUUUCGUGCAGGAUAACCUGAAGGAAGACAUGGUAUGCUAUAGCUGUGAAGGAGAAAUCGAAGCUAACGACAUGGCAAUCUUUGCCCCAAAGUUUGGUCCUGACAUCUGUUGGCAUCUGGCAUGUUUCAUGUGCCAGAAGUGUGAUCAAGAGCUGCUGGUUGACCUUGUCUAUUGCUAUCAUGAUGGCCAGAUAUUCUGUGAGCGACAUUAUGCCGAGCAGAUGAAACCAAGGUGCGCUGGCUGUGAUGAGUUGAUAUUUUGUGGGGAGUAUACAAAAGCCAUGGAGCAGGACUGGCACAGCGGGCAUUUCUGUUGUCAUAACUGCGACCAAUCGCUUACAGGCAAGCGAUAUAUCCUCCGUGACGACCAUCCUUAUUGUAUAAAGUGUUACGAAGACUCGUUUGCUAAUUCUUGCGAGGAAUGUAAGAAACCUAUUGGCACAGAUUCUAAGGAUCUUUCUUACAAAGAGAAACAUUGGCAUGAAAACUGCUUCAAGUGUGCUGACUGCCAAUGCUCGCUAGUUGACAAGCAUUUUGCGGCCAAGAACGAGAAGCUCUAUUGCCCUGAUUGCCAUGACAACAACUUUGCCCCGCGAUGCGACUGCUGCGGCGAUGUCUUCAAAGCUGGUAUGAAGAAGUUUGAGUACAAGAACAAGCAAUGGCAUGAGACAUGUUUCUGCUGCCUUGUAUGCAAGCAGCCCAUCGGCAGCAAGAGUUUCAUCCCCAAGGAUAAUGAUGUUGUGUGCAUCCCCUGCUACGAGGAUCAGUUCGCCCAGCGUUGUCUCGCCUGCAAUGGAGUAAUCAACAAGGGCGGCGUGACAUACAAGAACAGUCCGUUCCAUCGCGAAUGCUUCGUCUGCAACAACUGCAAGAAGGAGCUGGCGGGCCUGAAGUUUACAUCAAAAGACGAACAGCCUUACUGCGCUGAAUGCUACGGAGAUCUCUACGCCAAGAAAUGCUGUCGCUGCACGAAACCAAUCACUGGUCGUUGCAUCACUUUCGAUGAACAAGAGUAUUGUGCCUCUUGCAUUGUGUGUGGCGUUUGUGAAAAGGAACUGGUAGGGCUUGAGUUUGCCUCAAAAGAAGGCCAGGCUUAUUGUCCCGAGUGCUAUACGGACCUCUUUUCCAAGAAGUGCUGCACUUGUAAAAAACCCAUCACUGGUCGUUACAUCAAUUUCGAUGAACAAGAGUAUUGUGCCUCUUGCAUUGUGUGUGGCGUUUGUGAAAAGGAACUGGUAGGGCUUGAGUUUGCCUCAAAAGAAGGUCAGGCUUAUUGUCCCGAGUGCUACACGGACCUCUUUUCCAAGAAGUGCUGCACUUGUAAAAAACCCAUCACUGGUCACUACACCGCUUUUGAAGAGAAGCACUACUGUGCCGCGUGUUUGGUCUGCUGUAGCUGUAACAAGGAGCUGAUAGGCUGUAAGGUGGCCUCCAAAGAAGGGAAGCCUUAUUGCGCCGAAUGCUUUGGUGACAUCUUUGCCAAGAAAUGUAGUCGAUGUACUCAAGCCAUAACUGGUAUUGGCAGCACCAAGUUUAUCUCGUUCGAAGAGCGCCACUGGCAUAGCGAUUGCUUCAACUGCUACAAGUGUAACGUGUCGCUGGUGAGCAAGGGCUUCCUGACCGAUGGUGAAGACAUCUUGUGCCCCACUUGCGGCAAGAAUUAAAGAGCACGAUCAAAUGAAGCUUUGAGUAACAAGCCUCAUUUCGCCGCGAGAUCGAUGCACCCUGGAGAAACAUGUUCCAUCUCGCCGCGAUGACUGCAGCUUCAGAUACAAGAAUAGAUGGAUCUGCUGUAGGCCCUAUAUUUUGUAAGAUGGUGGGGUUUCUUUCACUGUUAUUGUAAUGAUUCGUACAGUUUUCUGAAAAUGUUGUUUUAAGUUCGUGUAAAUAUUGUCCGUUCGAGAUUAUACCAAUGCUGCUGAUUACAAAUGUGGGUUGCAUGCUCAGGUAUAGCAUGCCAGCUCUAUGAUGAGCUGUUCCACGGACAGAUGGAAACCUGUUUCUCCUGAGUGACAAGUAGGCCUACACAUGUCACAAAUGAAACUCUCCAGCUACUAGGCUUAAAACAUUUUCUCGGCGUUGUCGCUUUUCGAAAAGAUUUGAGUGGAAGUGAUGAGAGGGUGAAGUCGUUUUUCUAUUUUUGACGGAAAUUUAGAUUGUUUUUCUAUGAAAUGUUGAUCCUUGAAUCAACUUUAAAAGAAAUUUGUUAAAGAAUGAUGGCUAACUUUUCCCAGGAUUAAUGAACAUUGUUAGAUUAUAAUAGACUUGAAAACUGCUUUAGUCCACCAGUGCCAACUACCACAUGCCUGAGCUACAAAACUAGCUUCCACAACCUCGUUACGGUAUCUGAACUCGCAUCCGCUUUCAACAAUCAGAGUCUGAAAGACUCUGGAACAAUUACACAUAAAGCGAUUACUGAAACCCAUUUCAGAUAUUGUUUGCUACUGCCCUGUGUUCGUCAGGAAGAAAAUGCCGGUAGUAUUUAGUCCGAGUAUCAUCAUUGCGCUCUGUAAAUACAUCUGUGUUACAUACAAUAGUUACACAUUCUCUUGGCUUAAGUUACUGAGAUAUGGGAGUCUGGCACCUGUGGCAUUUUUCUACCUUUUGGUUACCUCCGUUAUUUAUGAUAACUAAGUUAACUACGGAUAGGCGUAUAGGUCAUGUAGGUGUAAAGGCUUGUGCAGUUUAAAGUGUCGGGCGUGUUUUUGGUAUGAAAGGUUACUACAGUUGAUCACUGUUCUCUGCCACUGUUUCCAGUGACGUAUGUGUUAGUGGAUGUGGCCAUUAAAAUAGGCUUCGAUCCAUUAUACGCUUUACACUUGCAGUGAGCUCGUCACCGAUAUGACGACGUGUGCCUUAUUCAGUCGAUUGUGUUGAUCCGUAGCUCAGUGACCCGUAGCAGCAUAAUUCAGCAGAUUCACACUCAGUAAAAAACUGAAAUCAACGUACAAAGAGUAUUUCAUGAAUGAAUAAUGGAUACUGUUUAUGAAGCCAUGUCAAACGUAUAAGCUCGUUUAGCAUGUUUAGGCUACCACACAAACACUAAGGUUCAGAUUCAACCUUGUUGGUUACUAAAAGGAAUUAGGCUACACUGCAAAUCGAAAAUCCAACAAAGCAAAUAAUGCAACGAAAGACCAUUGGUUAGGUUCUUCAACAGUGCAGCCUGCACAUAUAGUCGUAUUGGAGGGGUGGGGGAGAUGAUUCGAUUGCUUGAAGUACUGUCUUCAAUAUUAGAGUUGUUGGCUUUUCCUGACAGUACAAGGCCCACCUGCUAGGGUGAAAUAUAACAUCACUAACUACUCUAAUGCCAACAACUCUAGCGUCUUAUGUUUACCAUAGUCUUUGAAAAUCCAGCUAUUGAGGUGGAGCAGACAGUUUUCUAUUUCAAAUCACUCAGAAACAUAAUAAAAUGGUUCCACUAUUGCGCAUAAAUAGGAGUGUGUUAUUGCAUCUAAAAUGGCUCGAUUGUCUGCAGAGAAAAAUGUCUGUGACCAUCUUGGUCUUCGCUGCGGGCCAUUGGAGGAGAUGUCCUGUUGCUUAAGACCCUGGCUUUGUUUAAUCCAUGAGAGGUAUAGAUUGGGACAACAUUUCAAGCAGUUGGAUCAAGGUGAUUUCUCACAUUGUGGGCAGUAGUUUCAGCAUGCAAUCAGUAUUAAACGCAGUUCUUCAUUAAACCAAUGUAAAACAUCCAUUGGUGUUUGGUCUAGGGGUGAAGUAUGCAUGGACAGGUUCAUCUUUCUCCAAGUACAUUGGAAACUUGGAUACACAGAUCCCACCAAAUCGUUUUUACUUAUAUUUUGUGCUCCCGCAUUGCCCAUAGAUUUCAGUCAUGAAAUGUCCAUCACUCUGUAUUUAUCACUAGUGUGACAUAUCAUAUUUGUACAUACAUGUAGUACAUAUAGCACUAUUUACUGCUUUCGCACAUGGUAUUGGAAUGGUUGAGGAUUCUCCCCAAUACAUACAUAAUGCAUUCUCUGAUCACAUGGAACUCCAAAAGUCAAGUGCUCCUUUGGAGUCGGUUAGGAGUAACGAAACCUUACUUUGCGAGGUGGAGAAAAGAGUAGUCGAGAAUGCAUACCACACAGGAGAGAAUGCGGACAGUCUCCCAUCAGUAUUAAGGGCCAUCUCAAAUAUGCUGUGAUUACUUUUAGUUGUUUAGUCUACCGUUUUAGCGCAGAAACUAUACAAAAUUAUGUUCAAGUAGAAGUCUGACACAAAUUUUCAUUCCUCAUUAUUAAUCAUGAAAUAUUUACAAAAACAAAAUGACUGGUUUGUUUUCGUUAUGAUAUGCAAUUUAUUUUCAUCUUUGAUUUGUCAACAACUUACGGAGACACAUGCAGUGUACAUCAUGAAUAGCAAAAUUAAUUAAUUUUAGCAGCAAUAUUUGUACCAUGUUGAUUGUAGCAAUUCCCUUGAUGAGUAAAGCCAUCAAGUGUAGAUGGGAAAUACUCGAUCUAUAGAAAUAUCAUUUGUAAAAUAUAAUCAGUCAUGCUCCUCGAUUAUAAAAAUGUAAUAUUCCUAAUCUGUUAUAGCAUCUUACAAAGCUUGAAUGUUAGUUUAUUCUGUCUUGUUAAUUAUGACUAUUUGUAGUUAAAUUUGAAACCGACUUUCAAGCUUGAUAUAUAGGGAAGCCGAACUUGGCCUUAGUGAACAAAUCAAUCCCUGCUAACCAGGUUGACAUGAGAUACGAGGUGGGUACCCACCUGCUAACCAGGUUGACAUGAGAUACCAGGUGGGUACCCACCUGCUAACCAGGUUGACAUGAGAUACCAGGUGGGUACCCACCUGCUAACCAGGUUGACAUGAGAUACCAGGUGGGUACCCACCUGCUAACCAGGUUGACAUGAGAUACCAGGUGGGUACCCACCUGCUAACCAGGUUGACAUGAGAUACCAGGUGGGUACCCACCUGCUAACCAGGUUGACAUGAGAUACCAGGUGGGUACCCAUGAAUCAAUGUAAAACCAUGAAAUUAUUUGAAAAUAGAGACUACCUGAGAGUACAAUCACUAUGAAUGAAAUUAAAUUGCUUAGAAAGGUUAUCACAACAUUAAUAAAAGUACAAAACACAUGUAUGCGGAUUUCAUCAAUAAAAUGUUGGUAUUUCUUGCAUAUAGCACAGACAAUAAUAAUUGGAACCUUCCAAAGCCAUAUCAUGUAAGUUACACGAUCAUAACCAGUGCUAGGUUUGAUGUUAGAAGCAUGUUAGGAAGCGCAGAUGGGAAUGUUAAUGUAUAUGAUCAAGAAAAUAGGCAGACUUUCAAUUGGAAAUGUAGAGAAAUAUAAAAACCUUAUGUAUUUAGUCUUGAAGAACUUAAUAAAUACUGCAUUUUAAAUCA